UCGAUUCGGAUCUCAUGAACAGCUCGAGCCCGUCAACCAUUAUCAAUUCAACCCCUCCGAGCCGGAGCCCGCUCCUCUGAGUGCGCCUCUUCCUACUUAUCGAGAUUCUCCCAAGAAUCGCGCCGGUCGCAAGACUUCUCUUCAGGACGGCGCUCGACGACAGAACCCUUACCCAGGUCGAGCAGGUCACGGACGCGCGGUCAGCCAAGACGAUAUUUUUGCACCAGAGCCAAAGCUCAGUGUCAUCACUACCCCUGGAGAGACCUAUGCAAACGCCAACGCGUACACUAUGUCUAUGCCCCGUUCAGCUGUCUCGUGGGGUGGUCAAUCAGCAACUCCAGGUCUCUUCAACCAAGGCUACAGCUAUCCUGGAAGCAUGGAUCCAAGUGUGAUCGAUAGGUGAGCUUUGAAAAAUGUGCAAUCACCUGAUAACUCAGCCCCGAAACCCCCGCUAUGCCGGUGGAAGAUACAUUCAAGCGACAGAAGCGACGGGAGUGUCACAAUCAAGUCGAGAAACGAAGACGAGAGCAUAUCAAUGGCAAGAUUGAGGAGCUCGGGAAGCUCUUGCCCGCCCGAUACGCCGAAGAGGCAGCGCAGGCUGAAGAGGAUGAGGAGGAGAACAGGGGAAGUUCAAAGAAGAAGAAGAAGAGACCCAACCCUAACACCAAGCAGCCCCGGGAUGCUGCUCAGUGCAAAGGUCGUAUUUUGUCGCAGAGUGUCAAAUACAUCUAUGAGCUUCAACACAUCCAGGACAUGCAAAACGCUCGUAUCCGCCAGCUAGAAUCUAUUCUUGCCUCAUCCGGGCAGAUCGCUCCAUCCGCUCCACCCCAAUAUCAACACUACAUCUGGAAUCAGCCCACUCACUCCACGCCCAUCCGUCGUGAUUCAGUGGCGGCAUCGCCUCUCGCUCCUGCACCGACCUACUUUCAGCCAUACCCUGGGAUGCCUCGACCCAUGAUGCAUCAUAUCCCCAAGACCACCGAGGACCACCACCUUGAGGUGAUGCAACCGUCACCUGACCCCGAUGCCACGACCCGAUCAAACAACUCAUCAUGGUCGGGUGGCAACAUUCAUCCGGCGUCGUUGACGACCAGCACAAGUACUAGUUUCUCCGAAGGCAGCGGUCCCCAUCACAUCUACUCGCCUGAGGACGCUGGACUCAUCUCUGGGUCAUCAGGUUCUUCACCUGAACAGCACCUUGCUCAUAUGGUGCAAAAAACGGGACCGACCAACCAGCAACCUACCGAAGGCCUUGGACUCGAAGUCGGACUUGGACCCCUGGAUAUCGAAGGCCACACUGUGUGCUGGCAAAAUUGACAGUCAUCAAGAGCUCGGAGCUGGCUGAAGGGCUACGAUGGACUUUCAUGUUCUUUCACGACAAAUUACGUUUUAAGACGGCGAUACAUUUGGGACACAGACUUGUGAUUCACGACCUAUACAAUUUUUAUACAUGUCUUUGGCGCAUUUUUUGGGUGUUCUUCUUGAUUAGAUUAAGAUCUUAGACCAGCAGUACCUUGUCGUUUUUUGUUGACGAAACUCUUGAUGUCACAACCAUGCCUCUCAUGUGUAUGCAUUUGAAACCAUUUAUUGUCUUGAAGACGACCCA